AUGGAGUUUGCACCUAUCGAUCAACACCAGCAUCAAAAUGCUGCUACGCUUCUAUGUUGUAACUGUGGUACCCCGAUUGAUGGUUCCACCGGGUUGGUUAUGUGUUACGACUGUAUCAAACUUACUGUAGACAUAACACAAGGUAUCCCAAGAGAAGCUAACAUUUCCUUUUGUAGAAACUGUGAAAGGUUUUUGCAACCACCUGGUCAAUGGAUUAGAGCAGAAUUAGAAUCCAGAGAGUUAUUGGCCAUUUGUUUGCGCCGUUUGAAGGGUUUGACUAAGGUCAGAUUGGUGGAUGCAUCGUUCAUUUGGACGGAACCUCAUUCCAGACGUAUCAGAGUCAAGCUCACCGUGCAGGGAGAAGCUAUGACGAAUACUAUUAUUCAACAGAUCUUUGAAGUGGAAUACGUUGUCAUCGCUAUGCAAUGCCCAGACUGUGCCAGGUCCUACACUACAAAUACUUGGAGAGCCACUGUUCAAAUUAGACAAAAAGUGCCUCACAAGAGGACAUUUUUGUUCUUGGAACAACUGAUUCUAAAGCACAACGCGCAUGUGGAUACCAUUUCCAUCAGUGAAGCUAGAGAUGGGUUGGAUUUCUUCUACGCUCAAAAGAACCACGCAGUUAAAAUGAUCGAUUUUCUGAACGCUGUUGUUCCAAUCAAACAUAAAAAGUCAGAAGAACUUAUUUCCCAGGACACCCAUACUGGCGCAUCUACUUAUAAAUUUUCAUAUUCUGUGGAGAUUGUCCCCAUCUGUAAAGAUGACUUGGUGGUUUUACCAAAAAAAUUGGCUAAAUCCAUGAGUGACAUUUCUCAGUUUGUUCUAUGUUCUAAAAUCUCCAACACUGUCCAGUUCAUGGACCCAACUACUUUACAAAUCGCAGACCUAUCGCCAUCGGUGUACUGGAGGACACCGUUCAAUGCCUUGGCAGACGUCACCCAAUUAGUGGAGUUCAUUGUUCUGGACGUGGACUCUACAGGAAUAAGUAGAGGCAAUCGUGUCUUGGCUGAUAUAACUAUUGCCAGAACUUCAGAUUUGGGUGUCAAUGACCAAGUUUACUAUACCAGAUCUCAUCUUGGUGGUAUUUGUCAUGCAGGUGACAGUGUUAUGGGUUAUUUCGUCGCAAAUUCGAACUACAAUUCGGAUCUGUUUGAUGGUUUAAAUAUCGACUAUGUGCCUGAUGUGGUUCUUGUGAAGAAGUUGUACCAAAGAAAGAGUAAGAAAAGUAGACACUGGAAGUUGAAGAGAAUGGCUAAGGAACACAAGGAUAUUGAUGCAUCUCUAGAUUACAGUUCGAGAGCCCAAAAGCAAGAAAUGGAACGUGCCGAAAAGGAUUACGAGUUAUUCUUACAGGAAUUGGAAGAAGAUGCCGAAUUGAGACAAAGUGUUAAUCUAUAUAAAAACCGUGUUGCGGAUGCUCCUACUGAAGAACAUGAAAUGGAUGAAGAUGAGGACGAAGAUGCUCCACAGAUCAAUAUCGAUGAACUACUCGACGAAUUGGAUGUAAUGACUCUGGAUGAUGGAGCCGAGAGUGCACCUGUAGAAACCCAGGAAUAA